GGGAGGCCGGGAGGAGGCUGGAAGGGACGCGAGCGGCGCGCCGGUGGCGGGCUCGGCUGGGAGGCCGCGGAGACUCGCGCGGAGCCCAAAGUUUGCGCGCAGCCCCUGGGCGGCGGCGCGCGGGGGCCGGGACCGCCUUGCGCGCCGCCCUCGCCCGCCCCGGCCGCGCCGAGGGUCGCCGGCGGCCACGCGGAGGCGGCCGGGAGCGGCGCCGCGGCAGCUUUGGAGUGGAGCGUCAUGCUGAGCCGGAGCAGGGCGCCGUGGGGAGCGCAGGUGCCGUGACCGUGACCGUGACCGUGACCGGCAGCGGGGUCUCACCUAGGUCCUCUCGGUCGAGCUGCACCAUCUGCCAAACCACCCGAGCCCGGGCGAGCCCCUGACAGGUGCUGCAGAGCUGUCAGCGUAAGGGGAAGGAGGAGCCGAUGGCUUUAGCCGGCUGCCCGGAUUCCUUCUUGCACCAUCCUUACUACCAGGACCAGGUGGAGCAGACGCCCCCUCUCAGUCCACGAGAUCUGGCGGGACCGGGCUUCCCAGCACCGUCGGACCGGCUCACGAAUCACCAGGAGGAUGACGUAGACCUGGAAGCCCUGGUGAACGAUGUGAACGCGUCGCUGGAGAGUUUGUACCCAUCCUGUAGCAUGCAGUCAGAGACGGCGCCCCUGCUCCAGAACGGCCAGCACACCCGCAGCCAGCCGCCACCUUCGGGAACAAGGUCCCUGCAGACGCCGCGUUCCCAGCCUGUGCACAUCCUUGCCGUCAGACGCCUGCAGGAAGAAGACCAGGAGCUCCGAACCUCGUCUCUGCCGGCCAUCCCCAACCCUUUCCCUGAGCUCUGCGGCCCCGGGAGCCCGCCGGUGCUGACGCGGGGCUCCCUACCUCCAAGCCAGGCUGCUGCGAAGCAGGAUGUGAGGAUCUUCAGUGAGGACGGGACGAGCAGAGUGGUGGAGAUCCCAGCAGACAUGACGGCCAGGGACCUGUGCCAGCUGCUGGUUUACAGAAGUCACUGUGUGGACGACAACAGCUGGACGCUCGUGGAGCACCACCCGCACCUGGGACUAGAGAGGUGCCUGGAAGACCACGAGCUGGUGGUCCAGGUGGAGAGUACCAUGGCAAGCGAGAGCAAGUUUUUAUUUAGGAAGAAUUACGCAAAAUACGAGUUUUUCAAAAAUCCUGCGAAUUUCUUCCCAGAGCAGAUGGUCACUUGGUGUCAGCAGUCCAACGGCGGUCACAACCAGCUUCUGCAGAACUUCCUGAACCCCAGUAGCUGCCCCGAAAUCCAGGGGUUCCUGCACGUGAAGGAGCUCGGCCGGAAGUCGUGGAGAAAGCUGUACGUGUGUUUGCGGAGAUCAGGCCUUUAUUGCUCCACCAAGGGGGCGUCCAAGGAGCCCCGACACCUGCAGCUGCUCGGGGGCUUGGAGGAGAGCAGCGUCUUCUCUCUGAUUGCCGGCAAGAAGCAGUACAGUGCCCCCACCGACUACGGCUUCUGCAUAAAGCCCAACAAAGUCAGGAGCGAGACGAAGGAGCUGCGGUUGCUGUGUGCCGAAGACGAGCAAGGCAGAACGUGCUGGAUGACCGCGUGCAGGCUCCUCAAGAUGCCAGGAGCACCUCAACCAGUGAGACAACCAGAAACGUCUCCAGAGUAUGGAAUGCUGCUGUACCAGAACUUCAGGAUCCCGCCCCCGCGGAAGGCCUUGCUCCCCUCCUUCUGCACACCGGUGCGCAGCGUCUCUGAGAACUCUCUGGUGGCAAUGGAUUUUUCUGGGCAAACAGGAAGAGUGAUCGAGAACCCGGCCGAAGCCCAGAGCGCGGCCCUGGAGGAAGGCCAUGCCUGGAGGAAGCGAAGCACACGGAUGAACAUCCCAGGCAGCCAGAGCCCCCUCCACCCUUCCACCCUAAGUACAGUGAUUCACAGGACGCAGCACUGGUUCCACGGCAGGAUCUCCAGGGAGGAGUCUCACCGGAUCAUCAAGCAGCAGGGGCUGGUGGACGGGCUUUUUCUCCUCCGAGACAGCCAGAGCAAUCCAAAGGCUUUUGUGCUCACGCUCUGUCAUCAUCAGAAAAUUAAAAAUUUCCAGAUCUUACCUUGCGAGGAUGACGGGCAGAUGUUCUUCAGCCUCGACGACGGGAACACCAAAUUCUCUGACCUGAUCCAGCUUGUGGACUUUUACCAGCUCAACAAAGGCGUCCUACCUUGCAAACUCAAGCACCACUGCAUCCGAGUGGCCUUAUGACCUCACACUCACUCUUGGCCGAGGACGGGAGCAAGCUGACACUGGAACGGGGCCGGGGGGUCGCGCGUCGCCGAGAGCGCUCGUCCGUUCUGCACCCCGGGGAGCGGGGUCCGUCGGGGCCCCCCCGCCAGGAGGGACUCGGGGUCGGACUCCCGCAACAAUUAGCUGCUGCGGAUCUGACGGGGCUGCCUCCCCGCCCCGCCCCAAACGCCGAACAGAUCGGGGAGGCAGGAGAGCGCAACCGCGAACGGGAGGCAAAAAACUGGACGGAUCAUCUUGGCUGGGCCACGUGGGAGCGAGAACCAGAGACACGUAAUUGGAAAUGAACUCUUGCCCUGGAAUAAUCUUGACAAUUAAAACUGAUAUGUUUACUUUUUUGUAUCGAUCACUUUUUGCACUUCUUCUUUGUUUUCAAUAUUGCCCUCGGCCCCAGUAGGAGGGGGUGUGGCUCCUCCGUGCACGAGGGACGCAGGGACCGUGGCGAGGAGCAGACUCCAGAGACCGAAUCCGGGCCCCCAGGUGUUUCCAGGUCCCCACCCGGUGCAGGUGACUGGAGGCGGAUCCGCUCCCAGGUAACAAACCACCCCAGCCCCUCCCCAGAAUACUUGAAGAGCUUUUUUUUUUUUUUUUUUUUUUUUAAAGACACAGGUGUCACCCGUAGUAGGCAUUGGGCCCCUGGUGUGGACGCAGUUGGGCACCCCCAUCUGUCCAUCACUUCUGUGUGCACAGAUGCCCCCUACACCUGGUACAUGUGUGUCCUUCACAGUUCAGGAGGCCUGGGUGCUCUGGAAGCUCGCCGGCCCACCGCACGGUCUGGCUGAGUGGCCUCGCCUCUAGUGGACAUGGGGAGCGUCCCUGGGACCCCCGCUGCCCCAGCACCCAGUGUCCACUGCCCCCUCUAAGCUUGUUCUAGAACGAUCGCUGCCUUACUCCCCACCACCCCUGGGCGCACAGGCUUUUUCCUGGCCGUCAUCCCUCCAGGGGUUAAAGGAUCGAAAAGGAAAAUGGCACCUGCUUGACUGCCAGAGGUGGCCCGAGGGUUUCCAUGGUGAUAAAGACGUGAACAUAGAAAAGGGCACGUCUGCUGCCCGGCACGGACAGGUCCUCACUCGAUGACCUCUGUCCUGCUGAAAAGCCCUGUGAGCUGGCCCAGGCGGAGGCCCCCCUCGGCGGGCUGGAGCUCAGAAGAGUCUGGUCAACACAGCACUGCUUUCCCCGUGGGGGACUGAGUCACACGGUGACUGGACUGCCCCCCCACCCCGUCCCCGUAGCUGAGUCACCAGGUGUGACGGGGCCGAGGCUUUACCGGCGGUCUCUGCAAAGCAGAAAGGUCUCCCCUGACAGGCCUGGGAGAAUGGGUCACCACGCGGGACUGGCCCCCCAGGUGCCUGCCUGUGCCCCACCGCCGUGCCCCCAGUGAGCGUGCACCCUGGUGGGACCCACGGGACCCUCAUCAGUGGCACUGCUGUGCUCCUGGGACCUCAAGGGUGUAGAAACACUGUAUUUUAGUUUACGGGCCUCACUCUGCUCGUUUUCCACAAAAUGUCUACUUACGCAAAGGCAGAAUUUUUAGUAAAACGUUUUUAGCCGUAGACACUCCGUCGCGUUUUCUUCGUUUUGUAGCCAGUUAUCUCAGGCCCUUGCACAUCAGCCGACCCCCAGGUCCCGCCUGGCUGCCGGCCGCCAGGGCGCUGCCCCUCGGAGCCGGUCUUCAGUUCCCAUUAGACAUUUUUCUCUCCACUGAUUGGAAGUAGAACCAGAGAGCAAUGCGGCGAUCUCUCUUUCCCUGUGCGUAGACCUGGAGGAUGAGGUUCUCACGCCCCUGUCCGCUGGACGGCCAGCCUCCACGGCAUCUCGUGCUUGUAAACAUGCAUUUUAUUUAAGAGGAGCGGGAAAGCUGGACCCUGACUCACGGUCUGUGUGUUGCUGGGUUGACGUCGUCUUCUGUACCUUCCUGGCCACGGUGAAAUGCUGGGUGCAGGGUGGGAGCCCCCGUGCCUGGUGGCUGGGAAUUCCACCCAGAAGCAGCCUGUCCCUCGAGGAUAUGGGCGCCUGGCCUGACCAAGCAGGGGCGGAAGGAUGGUCAACUUUUAUUUUUGUAUUUAAAAUGACAUGAAUGUAAACGGAACAGCUCAGGGUCAUUUUGGAGCCUGUUGACUUUCUCUCUCUCUCUCUCUCUCGCCUGUGAUUUUCUUUUCUCAAAGGAAAACCCCACAUAGCAGCCUGGACUUAGUUGGAAAUACCCAGCCCUUUGGGUACUGGAGUUGAAAUGGGUGAUCUCUGGUACCUUAGGUCUUCGAGUUCUGGAACGUUGUUUUGUUCGCUAAACCUUGGAGAAAUGCGUGCCUCAGUCUAGCUGUUUUGUCUUCUCUUUUGUGCACUUAAUGCCUGACAGUCUGACCAACUGAGGCAGCUGUCCAGGGCGGGACCUGCUCGCGGGGGAUCAUGUAGUCCCCGGGUGAGCUCGCGGUGCCGGUGACACAGAGGACGUGUGGACGGUUUCAGGGAAUGCUGAAGGUAUCACGAGACAAAACCUUUAUUCCACGUGCUUUGCCCCUUUCUGUACAUAGCUCUGCAGCUUGUGAACCUAAUUGUAAACUUUCAGGUAUUUUUGUACAAAUGAGGGACUGAUGUUCUGUUUCUUGUAAUUAGAAAUAAACAUGACUACGGUGUUCUUGGUU